AAGAAUUAGAUGAAGAGUUUUUACAAAUUAGCAUUGAUGAAGUAAAUAUGGAGGUGAACGAUGAGAAUGAGUUAGCAAUAAAUAAUUUUUUUAAUGCUGACACAUUCGAACAGAAUCAAAUGGAAACAGAUAAUGAAAACUUGGUGACUUAUUAUCAAAGACCUGCUAAUAGUGUUGAAGAGUGGUCAAUCGAUGAUAUAUAUUUUCAAAUUUAA